GCACUGUUGCGCGGAGACACGUACGUGAGGACGUAGGCUGUCACCAGCUACAUCUCCCGAUCAGCCGCGCGCGGCCGGCCGCCGCCGGCCGGCAACAAUAUCGUUCUUGUCAAUGUCACUACCAGCCAUCCAGCCUGCAGAUACAGAUUUUUAGUGUUUAUAUGUUUGGCGCCACACUCGGGGCUCGUCCCUCUUCCCCUCUAUGUUGAUGUCUCCAUCCCCGUCGCGCCCCUUCCUCCACCUCCCUCUCUUCGUCGGCACCAGCCGCCGCCGAGGCCGCCGUCGCCGUCGCGCGGCUCCGCUGACAUGGGCUGCGCGCAAGCCAAGCCGUCCCAGGGCUCCCCCGCCCGCAGCCACGACCGCGGCAUCGACCACCUCAUGCGCUGCAACGGCUACACGCCCGCCGCCGCCCGCCGCCUCACCGACCCGCUCCCCACCACCGCCGCCGUCGCGGUCGCGAGGGACCAGGCGGACGCCAAGGAUGGCGGUCCCGCGGGGACGGAGACCACGGAUGCCUCGGGGACGUCGAACCUGACGGCGGCCACGGUUUCCUCUCCGUCGCUGUCGAUGCCGCCGCAGGCGCCGGCGGCGCGGCGGGAGGACGACCGCGAGCAGCUGGUGGACGGGUGGCCGACGUGGCUGCUGGAGAACGUGCCGCGCGAGGCGCUGCAGGGGAUCGUGCCCCGGAGCGCCGACGCGUUCGACAAGAUCGAGAAGGUCGGGCAGGGCACGUACAGCAACGUGUACAAGGCCCGCGAGCGCGGCGCCGACGGCCGGCUCGUCGCGCUCAAGAAGGUCCGGCUCGACACCAUGGAGCCGGAGAGCGUCAAGUUCAUGGCCCGCGAGAUGCGCAUCCUCCGCCGGCUCGACCACCCCAACAUCAUCCGCCUCGACGGCAUCGCCACCUCCCGCAUGCACCGCAGCAUCUACCUCGUCUUCGACUUCAUGUACUCCGACCUCGCCCGCCUCAUCGCCCGCCCCCUCACCCUGCCACAGAUCAAGUGCUACAUGCAGCAGCUGCUGAUGGGGCUGCAGCACUGCCACGAGCGCAACAUCCUGCACCGGGACAUCAAGGGCUCGAACCUGCUGAUCGACCGCGCCGGCGUGCUCAAGAUCGGCGACCUGGGCCUGGCCAACUACUUCGGGCCCGGCCGGCGCCGCCCGCUCACCAGCCGCGUGGUCACCCUCUGGUACCGCGCCCCGGAGCUCCUCCUGGGCGCCACCGACUACGGCGUGGGCAUCGACCUCUGGAGCGCCGGCUGCCUGCUCGCCGAGAUGUUCUCCGGCAAGCCGCUGAUGCCCGGAAGGACGGAGGUGGAGCAGCUCUUCAAGAUCUUCAGCCUCUGCGGGUCGCCGCCCGACGAGUACUGGCGGAGGAUGAAGCUACCCGCCACCAUCCGCCCGCCAAAGACGUACAAGUCGACGAUGGCGGAGAAGUUCGCCGGCAUGCCGGCGUCGGCUUUCCCGCUCCUUACCACGCUCCUCGCCCUCGACCCCGCCGCCCGUGGCACCGCCGCCCAGGCUCUGCAGAGCGACUUCUUCAGCACGCCGCCGUUGGCGUGCGACGUCUCCGACCUCCCCUGCGUGUACAAGGAGGAGGCUGCCGAUCCGACCACCCCCCACGACGGAAGGAAGUCCAAGCCGAGGCAGCGUUCACAGAAGCGAAGGAACAGCGGCAAGCAGAGAGCUGAUCGGGAGCAGCACGGCGACGAACCAAAGCUCUCCAAUGGCGAAUCUCCAAAUCCUAACAAAGAGGAGGAGAACACGGCCUGGCCUGCAAAAUCAGGGCCCCUGUGCAUGACUCUGAAAUUGGGCCUACCAUUAGAAGAACAGGUCCUGACCGAGAGCGCCAUCGUCAAGGCCUCCACCAGCACGACCUCGCAACGGUUUGCAGUGAGCCCAAUGCGGUCGUUCCUACCUGCGGAUGAGCCGCAGCUGCGGAGGGCCAACACCUACCACGCCACCGGCGACGAGCACACGGGCGGCGCUAUCGCGCACCGCGGCGUGGCCAUCAGAUCGGCGACGUGAUCGAGGACAUUUGUGUGGGUUUCAGCGGAUGAAAAUGGCAGCAGAACAUGUUCAGGAUACCACUACUGUUGCCGACUUAGUUUGCUGCGACUGAACUGCUGCUGUUCUGAUUGAGAAACUCCUGAUUUGUAGACUGCGACGCAGUUCAUCUAUCAAUAAAUCUCCAUUGCAGAGAAGUGGGAGGAUUCAUUUA